GGGCCGCCGCCGGGGCCCGCGAUGUGACCAUGGACAGCAGGUUCAAGGAAAAUCCAGAACGUACCUUUGAUUUGGUACUGAAAGUAAAAUGCCAAGCUUCAGAAAACGAAGAUCCAGUGGUACUGUGGAAGUUCCCGGAGGACUUUGGAGACCAGGAAGUGCUGAACAGCGUUCCAAAGUUCUGCUUUCCUUUUGACGUUGAAAGGGUGUCCCAAAACCAAGUAGGACAGCAUUUCACCUUUGUGCUCACUGACAUUGAAAGUAAGCAAAGGUUUGGAUUCUGCCGUUUGACGUCAGGAGGCAAGGUCUGCCUCUGUAUCCUAAGUUACCUACCAUGGUUUGAAGUAUACUACAAGCUCCUAAAUACCCUGGCAGAUUAUUUGGCUAAAGAACAGGAAAAUGACUCAAAUGAUUUGUUGAAAUCAUUGUACAGCCAUCCUGUGCCAAAGGCAAAUGCUUUAGUCAGUUUAAGUGUGCACUCGUAUUUCAUUACUCCUGAUAUAACUGGAUUGCCAACUAUCCCUGAAAGUAGAAACCUCACUGAAUAUUUUGUUGCUGUGGAUGUGAACAACAUGCUGCAACUUUAUGCCAGUAUGUUGCAUGAGAGACGAAUCAUUAUUACCUCCAGCAAACUAAGCACUUUAACUGCUUGUGUUCAUGCGUCAGCUGCAUUGUUGUAUCCAAUGUAUUGGCAACAUAUUUACAUCCCAGUGCUUCCUCCACAUCUUCUGGACUACUGCUGUGCACCGAUGCCUUAUCUAAUUGGCGUCCACUUAAGCUUGAUAGAGAGAGUAAAAAAUAGAUCACUGGAGGAUGUGGUUUUGCUAAAUGUUGACACAAACACUCUAGAAACCCCUUUUAAUGACCUGAACAACCUACCUGGUGAAGUGGUCUCGGCCUUGAAAAAUAAACUGAAAAAGCAGUCGACAGCUACGGGCGACGGAGUGGCCAAGGCCUUCCUUCGGGCACAGGCAGCGCUCUUCGGAUCCUACAGAGAUGCACUGAGAUACAAACCAGGAGAGCCUAUAACUUUUUGUGAGAAUAGUUUUGUGAGGCAUCGUUCCAGUACAACGAAGCAGUUCCUGGAAACAGCUGUUAAUCUUCAACUGUUUAAACAGUUUAUUGAUGGUCGGCUAUCAAAAUUAAAUGCAGGAAGAGGAUUCUCUGAUGUUUUUGAAGAAGAAAUCACAGCAGGAGGCUUUUGUGGAGGAAAUUCAAGAUCUUAUCAGCAGUGGAUGCAUACAGUGAAGAAAGGCGGUGCACUGAUCAACACAGCAAUGACCAAAGCCACUCCGGCUGUGAAAACAGCAUAUAAAUUUGCAAAAAACCAGGCGAGGCAAGGAAUAAAAGAAGUGAAGAGUAAGUUAAAACACAAGGAGAGUGAGGAAGAGUGUGGAACGUGCAGUGCUGGUGCAGUACAGACUGUUCCUGUCUACACAUCGCAUCCUGACAAAAGAACAAGCUCAGAAAAACGAAGGCUGGCACAGACUCGUUUCAACCAGCGCCUCAGUAACCAGGAUGAUACCUUGGAUGAAGAUGAAGAUGAUGAAGUUGAGAGAACAAGCAAGUUAUCAUCAGAGGACAGUGAAGAAGCUUCUGCUUACUUUUAUGAUAGUGAUGGUUCUGGUGAAACUGGAAUAACUCAUCAUCAAGGAGAAAUGGACUUGCUUGGAGAGAUUCUGGACACGCUGAGCACACACAGUUCAGAUCAAGGAAAACUCUCAGGAGCAAAGAGCCUGGAUUUCUUCAGAUCAAUGGAUGACAUUGAUUACAAGACUGAGAACAAGUCAAAUGCACCUAGUGAGAGCAACCUUACCCUGCUCUGCAGCAGUGCUAAUGACCAGGCAGAGUGGAACCUUGGCCAGGAUGACAGUGUCCUCCAUGGGAAGCAGCUACCCCCAUCACCAAGGAAGCAAGUUUCUUCUGGUGGCCAGAGAGAAUCUCUCUCAAGGAUGGAAGAAGCAAAGAGUGGCAAAACCUUUACUACUGACAAGAUGGAGACCACUAGUUUGACAUCCCUGUCUCCAGUACGACCAAGUGCCCAGUUUACUUCCCUAGAAAGUUUCAAAGCAGGCUUCUCUUCCUGUCAGGAUGCAAAGCCUAAUGAAACACUAAGCAAUACCUCAGAAGAUCAGCUCCCAGCAGGUCUUGCUCAACAGCCAUCUAUUCUGGUCCCUUGGGAGAAAGGUGGGAAGGAAGGAGAUGAAACUCCAGAAGAAGGUGGACUUCUUCAAGAAGUGGUGUCAUUAUGUAAACUGAAUUCUGCUUUUCACUAUGGUUUAAAUAUUUCAAAGGAUAGCUUAUCCAGCAGUAGGAGUGGAAAUAAAACGUAAGAAAAGUAUGAAAAGAGAAACUUGACUCCCAUCAGAUGUUAAAGGGAGACUACUCAGGACUCCAUGUAACUCCAUAUAAGAUGAUAACCAAAAAAAUGAAAAGGAAUAAGAGAUCUUCAGUUAUAAAAAUAAUUCUCUUCAGUUGAGUAUGCAUUUUCUGCCAUUGGACGUCCGCUUCUACGUUUACUCAGUUCAUUUGUUGGCUGUAGUUAGGUCCACGAAAUUGAACUAAAUGUAUGAAUGCACUCUCAAAUCAGGUACUAGUUAGUCUCUAUGUUUAAAAUACAGCAAGUGUAUGGUGCUUCCUAGCAUUUGCUUCCUCUAAGCAGCCAAGGGUGUCACCUAAAGGUAGCCAGGUUUUGAAGGUACUAUGUUAAUCCCAUUAGCAUGAAAUGAACCAAGCAAUCUGAUUUGUCUGAAAUGUACAAAUGUUAAUAUUUGUAAUGAAUAAUAAUUGCCUUAAUCUUUUGAGAAGGGGUUUAACUGUCUUAGAAGAUGAAUGCAAAUCUACAAAACAGCAAUAAUGAUUUUCCAUGGCAGGAAUUUGCUUCAGCAAAGGUGGGGGGAGGAAAGGAGACUUUUUAUAGAUUAAGGAAUUUCUUGUGACUAUAACUUGGAACUUACUCCAGACUAAAACUGUGGCUCUGUCUUCCAGACUUCAAAAAGGUAGCACGUGGUUUUCUCUCUUCUAUAAAGUACAUGAAGUGCUGAAUUAUAAUGUGACAUUUAUUAUUCUGUUUACAACUAAGACACUUUAAAAACACAUUAUCAGUUUCCCUAGGUAGACUAACUCACCUAAAAAUUCUCAGAAAGGAAAGUGUAAGUGGAAUUGAUAGAUUUAUAUUAUUUUUUUAUUUUCUGCAGUUUAAUAGUUGGAAAACUAAU